GGAUCCGCGCGCAUGCCCAGUGGUGCUGACCGCUUAGCCGCGGCUGCCGGCGCCACCGCCCACUCCGGGCUGGCCAGCGGCAAGCGGCCCGGGAGCAGAGUAGGGCCCGGCUGGGCGAGCGCACGGCCAUGGCCCCGUGGCUGCAGCUCUGCUCGGUCUUCUUCACGGUCAACGCCUGCCUCAACGGUUCGCAGCUGGCCGUGGCUGCAGGCGGCUCCAGCAGAGCGCGGGGCGCCGACACCUGUGGCUGGAGGGGAGUGGGGCUGGCCAGCAGAAACAGCGGGCUGCACAACAUCACCUUCAGAUAUGACAACUGCACCACUUACUUGAAUCCGGUGGGGAAGCACAUGAUCGCCGACGCCCAGAACAUCACCAUCAGUCAGUACGCCUGCCACGACCAAGUGGCUGUCACCAUUCUUUGGUCCCCCGGGGCCCUCGGCAUCGAAUUCCUAAAAGGAUUUCGGGUCAUACUGGAGGAGCUGAAGUCAGAGGGACGACAGUGCCAACAACUGAUUCUAAAGGACCCGAAGCAGCUCAACAGUAGCUUCAAAAGAGCUGGGAUGGAAUCUCAACCUUUCCUGAAUAUGAAAUUUGAAACAGAUUACUUUGUAAAGAUCGUCCCUUUUCCUUCCAUUAAAAACGAAAGCAAUUAUCACCCUUUCUUCUUCAGAACCCGCACGUGUGACCUGCUAUUGCAGCCGGACAACCUGGCUUGUAAACCCUUCUGGAAGCCUCGGAACCUCAACAUCACUCAGCACGGUUCGGACAUGCAGGUAUCUUUUGACCAUGCGCCCCACACCUUUGGCUUCCGUUUCUUCUAUCUUCAUUACAAGCUCAAGCAUGAAGGACCCUUCAAGCGAAAGACCUGUAAACAGGAGCAAAAUACAGAGAUAACCAGCUGCCUUCUUCAAAAUGUGUCUCCUGGGGAUUAUAUAAUUGAGCUGGUCGAUGACAGUAAUACGACAAGAAAAGUGAUGCAUUAUGCCUUAAAACCAGUGCAUUCCCCGUGGGCUGGGCCCAUCAGAGCCGUGGCCAUCACCGUGCCAUUGGUCGUCAUAUCGGCAUUCGCGACGCUCUUCACGGUGAUGUGCCGCAAGAAGCAACAAGAAAAUAUAUAUUCACACUUAGAUGAAGAGAGUUCGGAGUCCUCCACGUACACCACAGCACUCCCCAGGGAGAGGCUCCGGCCUCGGCCCAAGGUCUUCCUCUGCUAUUCCAGUAAAGAUGGCCAGAAUCACAUGAACGUUGUCCAGUGCUUUGCCUACUUCCUCCAGGAUUUCUGUGGCUGUGAGGUGGCUCUGGACUUGUGGGAAGACUUCAGCCUCUGCAGGGAAGGGCAGAGAGAAUGGGUCAUCCAGAAGAUCCACGAGUCCCAGUUCAUCAUCGUGGUGUGUUCCAAAGGCAUGAAAUACUUUGUGGACAAGAAGAACUACAAGCACAAAGGAGGUGGCCGAGGCUCGGGGAAAGGGGAGCUCUUCCUGGUGGCGGUGUCUGCCAUCGCCGAGAAGCUCCGCCAGGCCAAGCAGAGCUCAUCCACGGCGCUCAGCAAGUUCAUCGCCGUCUACUUCGAUUAUUCCUGUGAAGGAGACGUUCCCGGCGUCCUGGACCUGAGCACCAAGUACAAACUCAUGGACCAUCUGCCCCAGCUCUGCUCCCACCUGCACUCCCAGGACCGCAGUCUGCCAGAGCCGGGGUUGCAGCCGGGACGGGUUAGCCGAAGGAACUACUUCCGGAGCAAGUCGGGCCGCUCCCUGUACGUCGCCAUUUGCAACAUGCACCAGUUUAUCGAUGAGGAGCCUGACUGGUUUGAGAAGCAAUUCUCUCCCUUGCAUCCGCCUCCUCUCCGCUACCGCGAGCCGGUCUUGGAGAAGUUUGACUCGGGCUUGGUUUUAAACGAAGUCCUCUGCAAGCCAGGGCCCGAGAAUGAAUUCAGCCUCAAGGGCGAGUCUGCGGGCCCUGGGACACCUGCCGACUCGCACUCUGAGGGCCUGCAGUUCGGGCCUGACGAAGACGUGGAGGCUGGACCCGUUGUCGCGGGCGCCAGUGCCGUUCUGCGGCCCCUGCUGCAUGCGGGGAAAGCUGCUGGGCCCUCGGACAUGCCGCGGGACUCGGGCAUUUAUGACUCGUCCGUGCCCUCGUCUGAGCUGUCCCUGCCCCUGAUGGAAGGGCUCUCCGCGGAUCAGACGGAGACGUCUUCGCUGACGGAGAGCGUGUCGUCCUCCUCAGGCCUGGGUGAGGAAGACCCUCCUGCCCUUCCUUCCAAGCUCCUUGCCUCAGGGGCGUGCAAAGCAGAACCUGGUUGCUGCAGCUACACUGGUGAACUCCACACGGUCGCCCCUUUGUAACAGAAUGGAAGAGUCUAAGCAUUGCCACUUUAGCUGCCGCCUCUCUCUGGUUCCCCAGCUCAUCUCUCUGGGUAUGUGGCCCACUUGGAGCUGAGGUCUCUUACAAGGAUAUUCAGAGCGAAAUCCUGGCCAGUACUUGCUCUCCUUGCCUCUCUAUUCUCUACCAAAUAUAUUGGCAGAGUCUCCAGUUCUCUGAAACCAUGUGGAACUGUGAAAGGCAUGUCCAUAAUGUCUGACAACAGCUUGCCAUGUUAGGUCAGACUUUGGACUAGAGCCAAUUCUGGGAGGUAGGGAAGAAACAGGAAAAUACCCGCACUGAUCAUUCAGACUUAAUUUAUCUGUGCAAACUUUGCCAGUUAGCUAUUGGCUGCUUUGAUUUGAAAUGCUUUGUGGAAAAAGCACUUUUGAUGCCACUACAGCCGCAGAAGUCAAGUGCCAGUCUCUAUGGAAUCCAUGUAGUUAAAGAUAAUGCCUCUUUCCAUUGUUGGUAUGGAAUUUACAGUGCCAUUUACAAUGCCAUGGGUGUUUAAAAAAAAAAGCUCUGGAGUCAGAGGUCAAGAAGGUAACUGAAUAUAUAGUCAUUUUUCAUAAAAAUGAGUCUUAUAUAUUAGUGGGGGACAUGUCUGGCCAAGGAGGGGGCUUCAGGGCCAGGCCAAUGACCAUCUAGACCAUUCUUUCUGAGAUGGGUUGGUCAAUGUGCAGAGGGCACUGGGGCCACAUCUUGAGUAGGCAUCAUGCAGGGGCCAGGUCUGCCCACCAAGUUUCCCUGGCUUAUACUUACUUUGUUGAAUCUCAGAUGUUGGUGCCUAAAUGUUUAUUUUUAAGAAACUGGUACCUAACUGGGCUGUAUUCACCGAAGUUGUAAUUUGUGUUUUGGUUGACCUCUAGUCUAAAGCCCUGAACAGAAAAUUAGGGAUGAGAAUCCACUGACAAAACAGCAGUAUGUAGAGGUGGUAGCCAGUUAAUCUGCUGAACUUGUUUUGCCUAAUGACAAACCUCUUUUUAAGAAGGUGAAAAGGAAGGUAUUGUUACAAAGAUGAAUGUGCUCUUCAAGUAUUGUCUAGAGAAGACAUGAGACCUGAAAUCAUUAAAUUCUUGAAUCUUAAAGUACUUCCCUCACAACCCCAGCCUGUGAAUAAGGUUUCAUUUUCUUUUUGUUUGACUUACCCAAUUAAAAAUUUGUCUCUUAUACUUCACUCUACCAAAAAUAGGCAUUGAGAGCUUAAGAGGAAAGAAUUUGCUUUAAAAGGGAGAAGUAAUAUGUUCUGUUUUUACAGAAUUUUUGUUUCCAAAGGGAAAAUAGUUGUUCCUUUUCCCUCUCCAUGACCUUAAGGGGGAGUGAAUAUCUUUUUCUACCUUUUUCAUAAAUGCUGUUGGAUUUUGGCACCAAUACCAGGGACCCUGAUUUUCACUCCUUCACAAAAUAGGACCAAUAUUGAGGAGGGGGACACUGAGAAGCAUCCUAAGGUGGGGUGUGGGGAAGUGGGGAGGGGAGGACUUUUCCUUCGAGGCUCACGCCCAGCAGGUGGGGAAGCGAAGGCUUGCACCCUUGCUGGAAAGAAGAGGUUUGUGUGUAUCUUUGAUGCAAAUACCACACUGCCUGCUCUGUAAAGGCAGCUGGCAGCUUCUUGGGAGAUGAACAUGCUCGUCUGUUCUCUGGCAUCGAGUUUCCUGCAGCUGCUCUGAGGGAGAGACAAGUGGGCUGCAGAACUGUCUCCCCUGUAAGACCAAGCAUCUUGUUGGAGGAGGGAUGUUCCAUGCUGUCACUGUGGAAUCCGAGAUGAACAUAGUUUCUGGCCACCCGAGAGUGUCCUGCCAUUCCAUUGUCGGCAUCCAUUCUGUGAAGGAGAUGGGGCAGUCUUAUUAAUGUAUGAAAAUGCACUUGGGAACAUUUUCAGAAUGAUUUCUUACUGAAGUCAAGAAAUGGUGCAUGCCCCAGAGGUGCCAUUAGGAGCUGCCUUAGGAUAGAUGUUCAGCUUUGUAUGUGAAAGGAGGCAUCUCUGAGAAACUGGCCCCAGUAACAGAGUGAAAGACCAGAGAAGAAGCAUCAGCUGAGCUCCAUGAGCAUGGGCAGAGAGCUUGCUAAGUAAACUCACUGUGAAAAUGGAAAGGAAAAACUGUGCUUGGCCAAAAAUCAAGUGAUGCUUUAGCUUGGAUUUAGGGUUUAGGUACUUACUUUGAAAUACUAAAGAUUGUGAUGUUCAGCAAAAUCAAACUUUUGUACCAAGUAAUGAAAAGGACAGUGUGAGUGCCCAGCUCUGAGUAGUUGAGAAGUCCAGUGUUUCUAGUGUUGUCGUAUUACUUUCACUUUUUUUUUUUUUAAACCCUCCCCAUCUCAUGCUGGAAGUGGGAAUGGUUGCCAUAUAUAUUAAUGCAAAACGUUUUAUGCAGAGGUGCUUUUGACUCACGAAUGGUCCUGGAUGGUGGAAAUGAUAGGACAGAAUUCAGAUAAAGGUUUAAAAGUCACAGGCUUUCAGAUGCUGGGGAACCAAGAAUUCGAAUAUGGGAUUAAACUCAAUGAAGGGCCUUCAUUCCUAGAGUAAAAGGCUCUGUAGCUCAGAUAGGUGGUAUCCUCUGUACCGGAGACCAGAGGUAGGUCCCGGCUUCCUUCAGCUAACUGGGAAGAGCAGGUAGUUGAAAUGAAGGAGCCAGUUGUUUAUCUUGACUCACUGAUGCCCUACACGUCUGACACACAUGACACCUUAGCAUUUGGCACAGUCGGCUUUUCUUAGAGCAUGACCAGGUGGGUGAAGGCCCAGGCAAAGGUGUGUUCUUCUCUGAGGUGAGCUACAAGCAGUAGGGACUGCCUGGAUGGGCCCAGCCCAGUCAUACAGGGGCAGGAGUCUUUUGGAGGACUGAGGCCUGGGCCUCUGAGGGACAUUGAUCUCUAGAUAAUCAGAAGUCAUCCAGGCCCAGGUCCCAGGACUUCAGUGAGUGACCUAGCCAGUUAACAGUAUUUUGAGCCCAAUGUGAGAGAGGCCAUAAAAGUCAUGAGACAAAGAGUUUUUGGUUGACACAAUAAUUGAGAUACUCCCAGAUCAGAAGUUCAGAGUUGAGUUGUCUUUUCCUUUAAAAGAAGCAAAGGAAGAAAAAAGCUUUUUUUUUUUUUUUUUUUUUAAAUUCCUGGUGAAGAAAUCACACACUUUCCUCCCUAAAGAGAGAAAACUCUGCAGUCUGCAACCAGCUCAACACUAAUUGGGCUCUCUUAAGGAGAGAGGAAUUACCCUGUCUUUAUUGGAGAGAGGUGGACAAUGGCAAUGAGAAGAUUAUGAGCCUUUUCUAGUUGAUAUUGUUGGGAAAGAGUCUGUUCUUAUUUAACAAAUGCUGUUCCUUCAGGAGGCCCCCCUGUAGCAAGUGUAGUGAUAAAUAAGGUGUGGUGACAAACCCUUCUCAGGCUCAGAGAGACAGCGGGGCCUGGUGGAGACUGUGGCCAGCAGACACCCGUGUGCUGUACUACAGGGAGCAGCCACUCCAGCCAGUUGUGACCAUACAGUGUUUCCUGAUUGUCCCAUUUUUCAAGAGAAACUGAGAAUCUGGGAGUUUUACAUGAAAAAAAUCUGAUUAUUUUUUUUUGUAUGGGCAAUAAAAUUCUUAAUUGAAUUCAGGAAACCCAUGGGUGGACCUGAUUUGGCCCACUAGCUAUCAGUUUGCCACAUCUGCUUUAGAAAAUUUGAAAAGAAAGGCAUCCAUGGUAAUUACAGAUGUCUGGUGCCACAAGAAAAUACUCUUGCUAAAUGCAGCCAGAAGUUAGAUUGCCUUUUUUUUUUUUUUUUUUUACCCAUUGCUUCCCUAAAGAAAUUUGCUAUGAUUGUGAAUACAUUUGAAAUCUUUUGAUUGCUUCUUCAUACUUCAUAUGUCUUAAGAAAAAGGCAAAGCAAUUGUUAAUUUCAAAAUCAGAUUUCUCCUCACUUAAAAAAUGUGACACUUGAAACAGUUUCAUUUAAAUUCCACACCUUAAAGGUCCUUAUUUAUAGUUUUAACUCGUGGCUUAAUCACUUUUUUAGAUGAAUUAAAUCACUUUUUUAAUGCUGAGCUUAGGCCAAGCCCUAAUGAGGAAAGCAGACAUUGUGGAGAGCAGGGCAAGGAGUCCUGAGUAUCCACUAGAGCCAGGCAUUUGCUCUAUCUUCGAUUUUAAAUAACUUGUGAAUUGAUCUGUUUUGGAGAUUUGUGACAGAAUACGGAGAUACCAGUCAGGAGUCCUCAUGGAGUUGGGUCAUCCUUGCUAUAUCACCUCCUUUCCAGGUUCAGGGUUAAAAUAAACAGAAGGCGAUCAGACUGUAAGCCAAAAGCUUUCAUGCCGAUUGCAGAGCUUUGGGGGUGAGAGAAAGUUUGGAUUAUCUGGCAGGUGCCCAUCUAGUGUCAAACAGAAAGGGUUGUGCAUGAAUUAUUUCAGUCAUUUGGCUGUGGAUGUGAUUCUGGAUUUUCAGUGAAGGAGCUUCUGUAACCUACCCUGCUGAUCAGAUAGUUCUUUGUACAUCUUCCUUAUAGAAAUUCAAACCAGCCUCCUUUUGUUCAGCGUGUAGUGGAAAAAGAACAGCUGCUCACCUUCCAUGUAUUUGAAAACCACAGUGAAAUCAUCCCUCUAGUAUUUUUAUUCCGGUGAUAAAUAAUCCCACCCCUACUCAUUCUUCACAGCUCUUGUUUUCCAGGGGCUUAAUAAUUGUCACUGCUCUUCUGUUUCUCAGCUUCACACUCAGUUUAGUUGCCCAAAUAGAAUGUGGUGCCUUAUUCACAUUGGUGCCUUGUGAAAGCCAAGCUCAGGAUGGGGAUUAACAGAAAUUCUUAUGUACCCAGCUUCUUUUACUGUUUAGAAAUAUAAAGACGCUUUUUAAAAAGUGGUAUAUCACCUGUGUUCAUUUUGAAGAUUGCUUACUACAUUUUUUUUCUCAGUGGUAGUCCUCUAUCAUAUGUGGGUUUGUUAUUUUUUUCCCUCGUGUGUUCAAACACUUGGUGCUUAUUCUUGAUGUGUCUGAUGUCAUUCCCGAGCUUCUUCAAGAUACCCUUCAAGACCAGCUCUUACUAUCUGAGUGGCAACCACCCCUCCCUUCCAAUUUUGGAUUCUAUUUUUAUAUAUCUGUAUAUGUCACCUUUAAUUCAUGACUCAUAGUAUUAUUAAAUGGUGCAGACUUUAGCCACAGACAAGAUAGCAGUUGCUAAGGGCUAAUUUGCUAAGAGGGCAAGUGAGGCCCUCUUGGGAAUUUUGGGCAGUUGCCUUCCCUCCUGCUCUUCGACUCCUCUCCAAAAUUCAGUGAGGAUCACAGACUCCGCAAGGAACAUGUCCGUGUUCUAAAGGGCUGGAGCCAUGGCUCCAGGUCGACCAAGCACUGUGGUUUGUACAAGCAGAUGCCUGACAAAAGCAAACCAUUAUGACUGUGUAUCUGAUGUUUUUAUCAAAGAAAAUUUCAGUGGAGAAGAUUCAAAGAAGCUAUCUUCUGUUUGUACGUGACAAAGACAAAGUUGGCCGCUCCAGUCAUUAGCCAAAAGAUAAUUACCGUUGGAUGACGCUAAUGUGUAAGCAUGUUAUUUUUAAUAAGUGGUUAUUUUCUGUCUCAAGAAAAAGUUGUAGUGAGUCUGGAGAGAGCAAAAGCUUUUGUAAAAACCAAAUGUAUUCAUUUAGAGAGUAGAUGACUUUUAUUUUCACUGUUUUGUUUUUCACUGCAGAAGCUCCCUAUUUGUCUGGGGGGAAAGCCUGUGGAACAGUGGUUAUUGCCAUUGUCUUUGUUUCAUCUUUAAGUUUCUCCUUUGUGAGGUUUGAUGGAAUAGUGAGCACUGACCAGCAGACUGUAGCAGCAUGCUAUAUUUUUACAUUGAAGAUGUUACUGUCUUAUUUGAUUUGUACAUAACUGUAAAUAGAUGAUAGUAGUCCACAGGUGACAUUUGCAAAAUGUUGUUUUUGUACUCUAGCAUCUCUGCAUCAAAUAAAAUGUUUUGUUUUAA